CAAACAUAGCUUACAUAUUCGCCAUUGCCAAAAAACAAAGCAAACAAACCAACAUUUACCACUCAUGGACACGCCCGAUUUCUUUUCCGGCCGGUCUCCGUCUCCGAGGAGGGAGCUCCAAGGCCCCCGCCCCGCCCCCCUCAAAGUCCGCAAAGAGUCCCACAAAAUCCGGAAAGCACCCGCCGCCCACCCCCAGGCGCCGCCGCUGCCGGUGAUAAUCUACACCGUUUCCCCCAAAAUCAUCCAUGCAAACCCUAACGACUUCAUGUCUCUAGUCCAACGCUUGACCGGCCCCAACGCCACGUCACCCUCCAUCGAGCGAACCAAGUCGCCCGACGUGAGAAAAACGGCCCAGGCCGAUGGGGUCGAGAUAGAUUCCAUUAUUCGAAAAACCGGCCAAUUUCCCGGGAUUUUAUCGCCAAAUCCAAAUGCACUUCCUCAAAUCCAUCCGAAUUUGUUCAAUAUCUCGUCGGAUAAUAAUAAUUAUUUCCAUGAUUUGAGCCCAGUUUUAUAUAGCAGUAGGAAUUAUUCAGAAAACAAUCUCAUAUCGCCAAACACUUUGGAUCUCUUCCACAGCUUAUUUGAGGUGCAAUCGCAGGAGGAGCUGCAGGGAAGGUAACCGUAGGGAUUGAAUGGGAUUCUGGUUUCAGACAAAAGGGGAAUUUGCUACGUUAUUCCUUAAUUCAAUGGCCAUGAAUUAUGAAUCAAUGUGAGGUUCAUGGCUGUCUUUAGCAAGUGGGCGCUAUUUAAUUCAUAUUCAUUAUUAUUUCUAUACAUCUCUUUUGCAAUUGAAAAAUUAGUUUUGUGGGCCUUUUUAGGUUUUAGGCUCAAAUAGUUGGUUUUUGGUUUACGUUCGUUGAUUGUAUUUGUAGACUUGUAGUAAUCAUCUUAAUUAGUUUAUGAUAGUGAUUCAUUUUUUUGUCA